CCGCCGAGCCUUCAACUGUUGCCAUUGAUUUCCGGGGAUUGCCAAACCUGCCGCCAGGGGGACACGCGAGCGCCAUAUCGAUUCCGACGUCCACCCAGUGUCCCGCCGCAGUCCAUACUCAGUUUCACACGCCACCCUCACACCCGCAGCCACUCACACGCCUCACACGCCCUCCCACAAUCACGAUAGCUAGCCACGACGCACGCCAACACACGCCAGGAAACCGGAGCGUCGCAGGGAGUCCACCCUUACCCCGAAGCUGAGGUCAGAGCCACCGCAAGGAUCCGAACGCGAGUAGGAGUUGUGGUGGUCGGGUCUUGGCACAGUGAGACGCUCUUCGGAGGCAACAGGAACGGUGGCUGUGUAGUUCUUCAGUAGCAGCUGGAACAACCAAACAACCUACAAAAAUCAACCCAACAACAUCCAACAACCAACCACCACCACCACUUCCCCCAACACCAGGUCACCCACCACCACUACCACAACCCACCACCAUCACCACUACCAUAACUACCCCCUUUCCACACCCCAGACUAACGGAGGAAGUUUAGUGUGAGAGAAGAGGAAGAAGACAGGCAGCAGAAAGAAAAGUGUCUGUGGAAGAUAACUCGCGCUCUUCUCUACCUCCCUUUUACUCACCCCUCUUCACCCAACCGCCCAAGUGCCGUCCCAAACGCCCCUCUCACCUUCCGCCACCACCAUACUCGGUUCCAUCUGUGAGUGCAGUCCACCUGAAGCCGGCAAAAUUUCCUUCUCCAGCUUCAAAGCCUCUUUCUCAAGCAAUGUUAACUAUCUCAAGAGAAGUGUGUCUCCGCAGCGUGCAAUCCUCCUCCACCUCGGCACUUGAGGCCUUCGGGGGGACCACAGUGACGGAGGGGCGCUUCCGGAGAAACAGGUUCUCUUCCGGGGAUCUCUCCGCUGAGUGCGAUGAUGAAGAGGCGAGUUUACGAAAACAAGAAAUUAUUACCCAACAGCCGGACGAGAGCAGAGACGAGGUCGAGAGGGUAGAGGGGUCUCCACAGCCUCCUGUCCCAAGGCCUCCCCCUCAAGGUCAAGGUUCAGAGUCGGUUCAAGGGCCACCAAAGCCUCAAGGAAAGCCUCAGGUGAGCAGUAACAGCAGCAGCGUGGGGGGAGGCGCGGGCACGACUAACUAUGGCUCCAGCGACACCACCACGCCCGCGCCCACGUCGGGGUCGAGUGGGGGAGGAGGAUUCAGUCUUAACUUUUCAAGGCCUGGAUCACGGACCACCUCAGCCCCCUCGUCCCCCUCCAAAACUAGGGAGAGCUUCCUUCAGCGCGUGUCCUCACUGACGGGGGCGGUGCGAAGCGAGGUUCAGGCACAGGUCAGGCCCGCGUACAACAAGGACCGCUGCUUCACCCUCCUUGUUAUAGAUGACCAAAACACAGACUGGUCUAAGUACUUCCGAGGCAAGCGAAUCCACGGGGACUGGGACAUCCGAGUGGAACAGGCAGAGUUUCGUGAGCUAAGCGUGACAGCCUCAUCAGACAGCGGCGUGAACGUGUCCAUGGUGGUGUACAGGAACGGGGCUAAAGUGGUGAGAUCCUUCAAACCAGACUUCGUGCUGAUCCGCCAGAACUUGAGGGACGCCGGGGAGGACUAUAAGAAUAUCUUACUCGCCCUAAAGUUCGGUGGAGUUCCUUCCAUCAACAACAUCAACGCCAUCUAUAACUUCCAGGACAAGCCGUGGGUGUUUGCUCACAUGAUGGAGAUUCAGAAGCGAGUUGGCAAAGAGCAUUUCCCAUUGAUAGAACAGAGCUACUUCCCCAACCACAAAGAAAUGAUGUCGGCGAGCCGCUACCCGUGUGUGUUCAAGAUCGGUCACGCCCACGGGGGUUUGGGUAAGAUAAGGGUGGAGAGCAACGCAGAUUUCCAAGACAUGGCGAGCGUGGUAGCCGUGGCGAACACCUACUGCACAACGGAGCCUUAUAUCGAUGCCAAGUUUGAUGUGCAUAUACAGAAGAUCGGCGCCAUGUACAAGUGUUUCCAGAGGAAAUCGAUUUCUGGAAACUGGAAGACGAACACUGGCUCUGCUAUGCUGGAACAGACCGCCAUGACGGAGAGGUACAAGAUGUGGGUGGAUGAGGUAUCAGCACUGUUCGGGGGGCUUGACAUCUGCGCCAUUGAAGCCAUUGUGGACAAGACAGGAAACGAGCACAUCAUUGAGGUUAACGACUCGGCCCUUACACUCAUGGGCGACUCACAGGAAGACGACAGAAGGUACAUCGCGGAGCUGGUCGCCAUUAAGAUGCAGGACAACUGCCUUCCUCAGGGGGUGACGCGGCCGGCGGAGCUCAUCAGGGGCGCCUCCCGCCAGUCUCUGACCGGCCCCCAGACCUCCAGGGGCGGGUCGCCCACUGAGGAAACUUCGCGCCUGACCAUGGGAGAGACCCCAGUCCCCGGUGGCUCCCCAAAUCAACAGCGACGAGACUCUCAGGCCUCCCAAUCGAGCAGCAUGAGUGGCUUCAGCAGUGCCAGCGGAACGAGGCGGCCUGUGGACGACAGCAGUCAGUCGUCCCAGCAGUCUGCACAACAGAAAGGCUCCCUCUUCGGCCGCCAGACCUCCGUGACGGCGUCCACAGAGGGGCCCACCGCCCCUGGCACGGGUGACGAUGCUGAGGACACGAUGAAGAACCUUCGCAAGACCUUCGCUGGUAUCUUCGGCGAUAUGUAGGCCCAAGAAACCUUAGACUCGAGAUUCGCGCCCCGAUAGGUAAUAUACACUUAAACGAGUCUGGCUAGCGGUGCGCGCGCGAGCCUCCCGCAAUAAUACUAAUAGUCCCCACUUCAACAAGAUAAAUUAUCUCGGUUAUAAGAGAAUGUGCAAGCAACGAGUGCCCAAGUCUAUGUCCUCCUCCUACUCAGUAAUCGCCAGAGGCUCAUGAAUUUCAUUAACAAGAUAAAACGAACCAAAAAAAAAAAAAGAAGAUACAUUGUUAAUUAUUUUUAUUGAUAGUCUGUAAUCUGCCUUAAACCCAACAGAGUUGUCUAAACGAAAACUUGACCACGUAGACAGCGCCAUUUCCUGGCUGACACACCUAGAGAUACACACACACGUAAGGGUUAUGAUGCUUACUCUUAUCCAUCAGUAUUCGUGACUGGGUUGCCUGCUAUACCUAACCACCCGUCACAACAGCUCUCUCUAUCUCUGUCCUCCUAAGAAGCUUCGACGUACACCUCCAUCCCCUCCCUCUUUUCCUCUUCCAGUACACGCCAUCAUCCCAGCCUUAACACAAUCACAUAGAGCUCAUUGUUACUGUUGGAUCGUCCACUGGUCAUGAGGAGACACCCCGCCCUCGUGGUUGUUUUUAUAUAUGAAAGCAAAUUAGUUUCCGUGAAAAGCGAAAACAUAUGACGAAACUAGAUAUAUACAGCUUUCUUUUCUAUUUAAGAUCGUGAUUCGGAGGCACUUUUUAUUUUUCUUCUCAGAUGUUGUAAAUUAAUUCCCAUUUUUCAUAAAAGGAAAUGGAAACGUCUGAAGGGGAAACCAAUAUAUAAGGAACACUGACGCCUCCACUUAGCGUAGUGAGGUGCAAGUCACGGGUGUUCAAGAACCGAGGAUCAAUAAGGAGUCAAUCACAACGGGGAAUAGAAAAAAUUAAACGAUACACUAUAUCUACGUAGCAACUUUUAGGCGAGCUUUAUAGGAUCAGUACCAAGUCGUAGUGUGUCUGAGGCGUCUCCAGCGAUACGUUAACCGACGGUGAAAAAAUAAAACAUGUGGAUCUGGUAAAGAUGGACGAACACCGUAGUAGAAUUUACAGUUAUUCCUCUUUCUUUUUCAAUCAAUAAUGGGAAGCUAACGAUACUUCUUUUUAUCAUUAGUGGGACGGUAACGAGUCUCUCCAACGAGAUUUCAGUAGUCCAAGAGUUAAUUUUUCGUCCUAGGUUGAGCCACGGCUCCCGCGGCUUCGGCAAACGAUCAGCCUUUGGAGUUUGAGGUCACGUGAUUCCAAAGCGACAAUCAGAUUCUUCCGGUCAACUCUUAUUCCUUUGCCUUGAAAACCAAGUAAAUAAAGAUCAAUAUAAUACUCUUCCACCUAAGAAAAAUAUGGAACAAAAGAAAUUAAUAAUUAUACAUCUUCUACACAUCAUCCAAUUAGCUUAGGUCACGUGACUUCAGGCGCCAAAAAAAAAAAGAAAAAAAAACGCAUUAUAAAAGUACCAACCACAAAACGAAACAAUAAAAUGGGGGGUUAGAAAAGAAGAGUAAAAUCGAAGAAACAAAUAGCUGAUCUAAAACAUCUCCUGCCGAAGAGAUGAUCACGUGGGAGCACCGCUGACUGCCAACCCAAGGCAAACACCAAACAUCACAAAAACACCCCCUAAAAAAUGUUGUUAGCAAUAUCGCUCUGUGUUGUUUACUCUCGUGGGUGGACUUCCUCUGGCUGUUUGUGCUGUGCGUGGAUCUUGAUGUGUUUGUUCGUCUUUUAUUGACCUUAAACUUCGUGAUUGUCUAUAAAAAAAAAAAACUGUAAUACACUUUCUAGCGUGUUUUUGAUGGCAUCGGCGGCGGCGACCCACAGAUGAGCCUCUUACGUACACUAUAUGCGCAGACCUUCCUUCUUCCGUUUUCUAUUAAAGUUAAGCUUGUCAGUAUUUCCCCGUGUCUUUCGGAAUCUCUGGAAUGAGAAUCGUGCUACAAUUCGGACCAGCCUUCAAAAUUUCAAUUCUGGGGACAGGGGAAUGAUAUUAGUGCUUCAUUAUAUCGGAUUUCAAGAUAUCGAGAGAAGGAGAACGGAGAUGCAGUGUGGAAAGGAACAAGAUGUGAAGGAAGUAAAAUGAGUAAGAGGCAUAAUAUAGAGGAAGUGAUCUGGAAGAGGAAUAGGGAUUGAAAAAUGGAUAUGAAAGAUAAGAAUUAGUGAGAGAAAAAACGUGAUGUAACGAGUUUGUUCUUUGAAAUACAUGCUAAAUUGAUCUACCCAUGAGGGAGGGAGGAGAAAUCAGUCUUUUAUGAUUUUCCUUUGCCGGGAGUCGAACCCGUUCACCGUACGAUCAAAGAAGGCAGGAAGGCCAGUUAUACCGUUGUACCAGAGGAUACCCACCGGUUCAGGACAGAUUGUAGUGAAGAGAUUAUAGUGAAAUGAAAAUGAAUAAUGCAGAUAAUGGAGAGAAGGAGGCUUAACAGAUUAGGAUGAGAUAAAGACGAAGAUUAAAAGAGAUUAUUAGGACUAAGAACGGUUGGAAUAAAAAUAAAGGAUGUGAAUAGUGAGGGUGGGGUAAAUGUAUUGUUUCCACGGAAAAUAAAAUGAGGCUGAAAAGAUGAGGAUAAGACAAAGACAAAGAAUUAAAGAGACUAUUACGACUAGGGAAAAAAAGGAACAGAAAGAAAGGAUGUGCAUGGAGGAAAGGGAGGGGGAGAAGACAUGUGUUAAGGGAGAGGCUGCCGAAGAGAUGAGAAUAUACUCAACACAAAAGGCGAUGAAUUAAAGAUUAUUAGGAUUAGGGAUGAUGGGAACAGAGAGAAAUGAUAAGCAUGGAGGGGAAGGGGUAGAAGAUGUAUGUUUGGUGGGAGGCUGAAGAGAGGAGACUAUAAUAGACAAAAUACGAUGAAUUAAUGAAAUUAUUAGCAUUAGGGAUAAAGGGAACAAAAAUAAACGAUGUGCACAGGGGGUGACGUGUCUGUGUGUCGCCGCUGUCCUCUCGUUACGAUCAUUGUCCGUGUAAGGAGCAUCAGUUGCCUUGGUCCUAUAUCAUCAAACCUUCGUAUAUGUUCAGCAUGUGUACUCACUCCUUUAAGAGAUAGGAUAUUAAAGAGAACAAAAGCAAGAAGUAAAAAUAUAUAUAACAUUAUACCCUAGUUACCUACUAAGUACUUCUGACGUGUUUCACAGGAAGAGUCUGUCUGUUAUUCACGUUUAUUUUUUUGUUGGUUGUUGUUUGUAAGUUUUUUGUUGAAGAGUUUGUACUAUAAUGUUGAAGUCUCCUGGCUCUUGCGGAGUGAGAGAUGUCCUGUGUUAUGUUUAUUCUCUCUCUCUCUCUCUCUCUCUCUCUCUCUCUCUCUCUCUCUCUCUCUCUCUCUCUCUCUCUCUCUCUCUCUCUCUCUCUCUCUCAUCUAUACCAUCACCGUUUGAGUUAUUCAGCAUCCUUCCUUUUCAAAAUACUAAACAUAUCUUUAUUUUACUGAGAGCGUCAUUCGCUACUGCAAUAAUAAUAAUAAUAAUAAUAAUAAUAAUAAUAAUAAUAAUAAUAAUAAUAAUAAUGUUAAAAGCAGAGCCUAUGACGCCAAUGUAUGUCGGUCUGUCUGUCAAUCUGUAUUCAUCCUAAUUUAAUUUUCCGUAUUAUUUCAAGGUCAUUUAAUCCCCCUCCCUCUAUUCCUUUUCUUCCUUUCUCUCUCUCAUUGAAAAAAAAAAAAAACAUCCAUCUUUAUUAUCCUUAUCAUCUCAAUGUUUCCCGUUCUUUAUUGUUCGAAAUCUUUCGUUCAUCUAUGCUAUUCCACCAACUGAGCUCUCAAUAUCUCUCUCUCUCUCUCUCUCUCUCUCUCUCUCUCUCUCGCAGAGCUCCGCAAGGGCCGGGAGCUACACCGAAGAAUCUGGGGUAUAGGAGCCUUAGAAUCCUUCGGUGAUAGAUCGGUGUGUGUGUGUGUGUGUGUGUGUGUGUGUGUGUGUAUGUGUGUGUGUGUGUGUGUGUGUGUGUGUGUGUGUGUGUGCGUGAACGUGCGUGUGUGUGACCUCAAUUAUCAUAUCCAUGUAAGGCCUUUCCUACGUUCGCUUGUCCUUUUGUUUCUACGAUUCUUGUCCAUAUACCGAAGAGAACAGCUGAUUGGCACUGCCAUAGAUAAAUAGGUCAUUUCCGUGUCCGGGAUAACGCAUGGGGCGAGGGUGUUCAGAAGGUUCUCAUUGUUUUAGGCACAAAUGGAAAGUUGUGUGAAGGUCGUGAUUAUUUUCGAUGUUGAUGUCGAUGCGAAGGACGCGGUCUGAGUCUUUACGUUGAUCUGCGGUGUGGUGGUUGACCUGACCUGACCUGUCCUGCCUCACUCAGCCUGACCUUAAGCUUACCUUUCCGUCUGUAGUGGACCUCUUAAUCUCUCUGACGCUUUGACAAUACAUGUCUCUCUUAGCUAUUUAACCUAUCCAUUGUAAUAGACUUCUCAAAGUCUCUCUAGCAUCUCUUUCACCAUUUUUCUGGCCUCUCACAAUAACCAAAAUGCGUGCAUAAUGUAGUGCAAAGAUGCGGUGAUACCCUAAUUCUAUCCCCUGAAAGACUUGCAUUUUGUGACAUAACUGGAAAACUACACAAUAAUCUAUCUCUUUCCCUAUCUAUCUAUUGUCUAUCUCACUAAUAAUUCUUCUCACUGGAUUCCUGUAACAUUUCCAUUCCGGUGUUGGUCAGUUCAUACUGGGUGAGGUAGGGUUCCAACAGGUGCCCACUCACAUCCGAUUACGUUGUUUAUUUGUUGUUGGAUUUGUACGUACUGCUACUACACCCACAACACCUGUUUUUAUAUGGAUCUAGAGUGUCUUGGAUGUGUUGUGUAUACAGUCUUGUAGAGUAUUCUGACGAACGUAGGUUGUGUCUUUUAAUUUCACAUACUUAACGUCUCUAACCUUUCUGUCUUUAUUCUUCUUUCUUUUCAUUAACACAACUCCCUUCCUCAGCUCCUUUAAAGCCCAGUUGAUUAUAAUAUAUCUCCUUCUAUUCCAAUAAGCUUCCAAGUAAAGGAGAAUAGUUAGCUGAGUAUUUUCAAAGAUGUCACUUACAGAUUUUGAUUAGCUAUGAAUAAUAAUGGGGAUUAUGUGCAUUAAGUUUCCAGACGUUAUCUUGUUUCUCCUAUCUAUUUACUCUCUCUCUCUCUCUCUCUCUCUCUCUCUCUCUCUCUCUCUCUCUCUCUCUCUCUCUCUCUCUCUCUCUCUCUCUCUCUGCUCAGAUGGUGACUAGAAGAUCAGGUGGUAACGGUGGGACAUAAUGUAGCGACACCUUAAACGUAACAGAACCAACAACAAGUUAGAAACGACUUGAAAAACUCUUGAAAACGUAUUAAAAACUUGGAAAUUUAAUAUGAAAAAACUCCUGGUAAUGAGAUAAACUGAUAAAUGAAAACAUAAAAACCGACGUUACAGAAGUGAAACAAAAACAAAGCAGCAAAAUGAGUAAUACCACCAAACAAACGUUGAUUAUAAAGUAUCUGAAAAUGUUUGAACAAUCACCUUAGUUAACAACACCUAGACUAAUCGAUACUGUAAUCUUAAAAGCCUUAUGUCGAAAAGUUUUAACAAUACCGAAAACCUUAUAAGUAGAAUUCUUGAAGGGUGUCUAAAAUAUUUACCACUUUUUCUUCGUUUUCCUUUGCGCAUCAAGACGUAUGAUGAAGAGCAAGGGACAAAGUGUGUGCAAUGGUACAGAGAAGAACGAGGCGUACAACGGGUAGCAAAGUGUUAUGCAAAGAACGAAACAGCUUGAAGAAUUCCUAAACAAUGAAAGUAAUGUCUUAGUACACAACCACACUCGCACACACAUCAUAAAAAGACAGACAAACAAACAGAUCGUACAAAGCAGGUGAUUAAAAUGUGAUGAAAAAUGUAAAUGAACAAACAAACUAAGGUACGAAAAUAACGACGAAAGUCAACUCAAAACAUGCAUAAAAAAAAACAUAAAAAAACGAUAACGCAUAAAAAUGAUACAUGAAAAACAAUAUUAUGUAAGAAACCAACCUUUUAAACGAGUGUAUAUAUAAACAAAAUAAGUGUUCUCCCACUUGUGCUAACCUUCCCAACUGAGCAGGAAUGUAACAACAAAACAUGAUAACUAGUAGAGCGACACAACACAACAUCCCUUUCCCAGUUUGAUACCCAACCCUUUUUUUUUUUUCUUAAGUUCUAGGAUAAAACAUGAAGCCAGACUUAUGAUAAACCAAACAUUUUCGCUUUCUUCCUUAGACUUUUUCUCCCUCAUUUGAUGGACAGAUUCUCAUUAUCAUUAUUAUUAUUAUUAUUAUUAUUAUUAUUAUUAUUAUUAUUAUUAUUAUUAUUAUUAUCAUUAUUACUAUUAUUAUCAUUACUUGCUGCGAUAUUCUAGUCAUUUUUGUACAUAAAGACUCUGUUAAUGUAAAUUUGUGUACAUAACAUUAAUUGCCGUCACACACAGAUUCUUAUCAUUGUGUUUGCUUGGACUAAGGAGUAAUAAGUAAAAUAAAUAAAUAAAUAGAUUAAUAUAAGUAAAAUGAUGUCCUCCGAGCGUUUGUUUGGCGCGGCGUGAGGCCAAGUUGUUUGUAAGGUUAAAACAAGAUGAAUAAAAGUUAUGUGUCGUCCAAAAAACC